AUGCUUUCUUCCGCGCCCCGAGAGCCGCCAUUUUUGAGAGCGGGGGAGGAGAGACAAGCAGGGGCGGCAGAGGCUCAACGGGAUGCUGACUGGGUUUUGCUUUUCGUCCCAGCCUUGUGGGGCCGGGACGGAAGAACCCAUCAAAGCCCUUCCUCCCGCCGCCUCUCCGGAAUGAGGUCUCAGCGCCCGCGCGGGACAGCACCCUUCCUCCUGCGACAGAGCCCAAGAAGAGGCCGAAACCGAGACCAUGCCUGGGAAGCUGAAGGUGAAAAUCGUGGCCGGGCGCCAUUUGCCAGUGAUGGACCGUGCUAGUGACCUGACUGAUGCCUUCGUGGAGGUAAAAUUUGGUAAUACCACCUUUAAAACAGAUGUGUACCUUAAGUCACUCAACCCUCAGUGGAACUCGGAGUGGUUUAAAUUUGAGGUGGAUGAUGAAGACUUACAAGAUGAACCUUUACAGAUCACAGUUCUUGACCAUGAUACUUACAGUGCAAAUGAUGCCAUUGGUAAAGUGUACAUUGAUAUUGAUCCUUUACUGUAUAGUGAAGCUGCAACAGUCAUCUCAGGAUGGUUUCCAAUUUAUGACACCAUACAUGGUAUCCGUGGGGAAAUCAAUGUAGUUGUCAAAGUAGACCUCUUCAAUGAUUUAAAUCGAUUUAGGCAGUCAUCAUGUGGAGUCAAAUUCUUUUGCACAACGUCUAUUCCAAAGUGCUAUAGAGCUGUGAUAAUUCAUGGAUUUGUAGAAGAACUUGUGGUCAAUGAAGACCCAGAAUAUCAGUGGAUUGAUCGAAUUCGCACACCAAGGGCGUCAAAUGAGGCCAGACAGAGACUCAUUUCAUUAAUGUCAGGUGAGCUGCAGAGGAAGAUUGGCUUGAAAGUACUUGAAAUGAGAGGAAAUGCAGUUGUGGGGUACUUACAGUGUUUCGAUCUGGAGGGCGAGUCUGGGUUAGUGGUGCGAGCCAUAGGAACGGCGUGUACUCUGGAUAAAUUAAGUAGCCCAGCAGCAUUCCUUCCUGCAUGUAAUUCCCCAUCCAAAGAAAUGAAGGAGAUUCCCUUCAAUGAAGAUCCCAAUCCCAAUACUCACUCAUCAGGACCCUCAACCCCUCUGAAAAACCAAACCUAUUCCUUUUCACCUUCCAAGUCCUACAGUCGACAGUCCUCUUCUUCUGACACAGAUUUGAGUUUGACACCCAAAACUGCACCUUACCCACAGGGACCUAGGAUUUACCUGUGUCCCAGCUCCCCCUCUCUCUCUUGUGGUUCCCUUCAUCUUAAAAAGUCCUGUCUCCUCCUCUCGGAAUCUAGCCUUACCCCUCAUCAUUCUAGCCUUGUCAGCCCAGUUCUGAGGAAAAGUGUUUCUUUCAGUGAAGAGCUGUUCCUGGCUGCUUCUGGAAUGGGAAGUGGUAGUGCUGGAAAAGAAGGGGGGCCCUUUAAAGCUCUUUUAAGACAACAGACUCAAUCAGCGUUGGAACAGAGGGGAGGAUCGCCUCAUAGGUUCUGUAGAAGGCGGGAAUUUCCAUUUUUUACCUUGACGGCAUUUCCUCCUGGAUUCCUUGUACACGUUGGGGGUGUAGUUAGUGCACGUUCUGUGAAGCUUUUGGAUCGUAUCCACAAUCCUGCCUUUGUCGGAAUUAUGGGUAACACAAGAUCUUACAAACUGCUAGACUGGAAUAGUUUCAAUUCAGAUGAACCAGAAACUCGAGAUGCAUGGUGGGCAGAAAUCAGACAAGAAAUAAAAUCACAUGCUAAAGCAUUAGGCUGUCAUGCUGUAGUGGGCUACAGUGAAUCAACUAGCAUCUGUGAAGAGGUCUGCAUUUUAUCUGCAUCUGGCACAGCGGCUGUACUGAAUCCUAGAUUUCUGCAGGAUGGCACCGUGGAAGGCUGUUUGGAACAGAGGCUUGAAGAAAAUUUGCCUACACGUUGUGGAUUUUGUCAUAUACCAUAUGAUGAACUGAAUAUGCCAUUUCCAGCUCAUCUCACAUAUUGCUAUAACUGCAGGAAACAAAAAGUUCCUGAUGUUCUGUUUACAACUAUAGACCUCCCAACAGAUGCAACAGUUAUUGGAAAAGGUUGUCUUAUUCAAGCAAGGUUAUGUCGCUUAAAAAAGAAAGCACAGGCAGAAGCAAAUGCUACAGCUAUCAGUAAUCUCUUGCCAUUUAUGGAAUAUGAAGUGCAUACUCAGCUAAUGAAUAAACUAAAACUCAAAGGAAUGAAUGCUUUGUUUGGACUAAGAAUUCAGAUCACAGUGGGUGAAAAUAUGUUGAUGGGCUUAGCGUCUGCCACAGGUGUGUAUUUAGCAGCUUUACCAACUCCUGGUGGUAUUCAGAUUGCUGGGAAGACUCCUAAUGAUGGCUCCUAUGAACAACACAUCUCUCAUAUGCAGAAGAAGAUAAAUGACACAAUUGCUAAAAACAAAGAGUUAUAUGAAAUCAAUCCUCCAGAGAUAUCUGAAGAGAUUAUAGGAUCACCCAUCCCAGAACCUAGGCAACGCUCAAGACUUCUAAGAUCUCAAUCAGAAAGCUCGGAUGAAGUUACAGAAUUAGACCUUUCACAUGGGAAAAAAGAUGCUUUUGUUUUGGAGAUUGAUGACACAGAUGCCAUGGAAGAUGUCCAUUCUCUACUUACUGAUGUUCCUCCUCCUUCAGGCUUUUAUAGUUGUAAUACAGAAAUUAUGCCCGGUAUAAAUAAUUGGACAUCUGAAAUACAGAUGUUCACUUCAGUAAGAGUAAUCAGAUUAAGCAGCCUCAACCUGACUAAUCAAGCUCUCAAUAAGAACUUUAAUGAUCUCUGUGAAAAUUUGCUCAAGAGCCUGUACUUUAAACUACGAUCUAUGAUCCCCUGCUGCCUCUGCCAUGUAAAUUUUACAGUAUCUCUGCCUGAAGAUGAAUUAAUUCAGGUUACAGUCACGGCAGUCGCAAUAACUUUUGACAAAAAUCAGGCUUUACAAACCACCAAAACCCCUGUUGAAAAGUCAUUGCAAAGAGCCUCAACAGAUAAUGAAGAACUUUUACAAUUUCCACUGGAACUGUGUUCAGAUUCACUUCCUUCUCAUCCUUUUCCACCAGCUAAAGAAGAUACAUGAAGAGGUUUUGAGUGGGAGUAGUACAAGUGAGAAAGGGAUGAGCUUCCUGUCUUUGCUGUGGCAAUAAUUGAAGAACAUUGUUAUGUACUUAUAUAAGACACUGCCAUGUUUUUUUUCCAGUGCAAAUUGAUAGCUCCUUAAUUUAAUAGCAAUAAAUCUAUUUUGAUCUGCAUAAUCUUUGGAGAAAAGUGGGAGGUAUUGUUUUCCAUUUCUCAUCUGAUUUUAGUAUGAUUUUUAUUACAAAAAAAUUUAAAAUUACUAUGCCUUAUUUUGUAGCAUUAUGUAUUAGAUAAAUGUAGUAUGUGUUUUUCACUAAAUUUAUUUUGAGAAAUGAUAGUUAUUUGAAAUGAGCUAUUCAACUUUUGUGUCUUAUAAUACAAUGGAUAUUAUUUUAUGAUUCCUACUUGUUAUUUGUUACCAAAUUAUGUAUAAUACAGAAUAGUUUUAUGUUCACUUUACAUAUAUGUCAAUAGAAUCUUUAUUAAAUCAGUACAAAGUCUGUUUAUAUAGAUAAAUAGAUCUUGUCUCAUAUUUCGAAGACGAAAAAUAAGCUGCUUCCAGAUUCUGAACUUUGUAACGUGGUAACUGUGGUCCUUUUUCCUUUUUGUCAUCACCUAAAAUUCUGAUUUAGAACUCCAUAGAGAAUUGUAGCAUAUCUCAAUGUCCUUGAAAGAAUAGAGAGGAAAAAUCAAAUUCAAAGGUAAUGUGAGUUCAGAUUUAUGAAUUAAAUACAGCUUCCAGGCAGAAAGCAGAACUGUCAAGAGUCUUCUUUGGGCCGGGCCUGUUGGCUCAUACCUGUAAUCCCAGCACUUUGAGAGGCUGAGGCGAGAAGAUCGCUUGAAUCCAGGAGCUUAAGACCAGCCUGGGCAACACAGUGAGACCCCAACUCUACAAAAAAUAAAUAAUUAGCUGCAUGUGGUGGUGUGCACCUGUGAUCCUAGCUCCAUGGGAGGCUGAGGUGGGAGGAUUGCUUGAUCCCAGGAGGUUAAGGCUACAGUGAGCUGUGAUUGUGCCACUGCACUCCAGCCCAGGCGAUAGGGGGAGACCCUCUCUCAAAAAGAAGAAAAGUCUUUCUUGAAUUCACUAUACAGCAAGUUUUUUUUUCUUUAACAUCUACUUUAUACAGAAAUUUGUAUUUAUUCAGGGUUAGUUCCAAAUCACUUCUAGGUAUAAUUUCAUUUAUCCUUAUCCUGCAAUAGGGGCCAAAAAAAAAAAAAAAAAGCCCUAAAACCUAAUCGACAAAGGUUUGAUUGACUGUUAUUCUGUAGGAAAAGGUAUUUGUGGACUUGGGGUCCCUGUUAGCUCUGUUUUACUAUGUUGUUAAUACCUACUGAAUUCUGCAGAAGAUUAGAUUUCAGCUCUCUAAGUUUGCCUUGUCUAUAAGGACAACUUUCCACUUCUGCAAUAGCUUUCAAAAUGUUUUCAAAGGAAUUAUAACUGGUGCUUACGUGAUCGUUAGUAUAUGGUAUCCAAAUGAUAUUUUGUGGGCUAAAAAACAAGAAAAUAAGAAUUUGAGUAGAGUAAGUCCUAUUUGAACAGUACCUAAAAUAUUUGCAACUCAUUUUAGGGAGAAUUGAGAGGGACCGUGAGGUAGGUUGGAAAAGCAACUGACCUGUUUUCUCAGUUCUGCUAUGGAUUAGGCAUGAGAACUUGGACCAAUUGCUUAACCUCUUUGAGCCUCAGUUCGUCAUGUGUAAAAUGUGAAAAGAUUCUCUCUAACCUUUAAAAUUCCUUGGGUUUCUAUAGUUUAUGGUGCUUCAAUUAUUAACAUAUUCCCAUUUCGAAAAGUAAAUCAAAAGCUAAAUUAGUCCCCAAGGUCACACUGAGCGUCUGUAUUUAAUUUAAGUGUGUUCAGCUGGGUGCGGUGACUCAUAUCUGUAAUCGCAGCACUUUGGGAGGCUGAAGCAGGCAGAUUGCUUGAGCCUAGGAGUCUCUUCUCUACAAAAAAUACAAAAAAUUAGUCAUGCAUGGUGGUGUGCCUGUGGUCCCAGCUACUCAGGAAGCCGGGUGGUAAAAUCACCUGAGCCCAGGGAGGUUGAGGCUACAGUAAGCUGUGAUCGUGCCACUGCACUCCAGCCUGGGUGACAGAGUGACGCUGUCUCAAAAAAAAAAACAAAAUAAAAAAUGAUUUCAAAUAACUUUUAAUCAAUUAAACCAAUAAUUUUAAUUUUAAAUUCUGCUCCUCUGAACCAUAGAGGUUUGUCAGAAGUACCUCUUGGCCUUCCAGGAGGCAAAGUGAAAGGGAGCAGAGAAGGAUGGGAUUGAGGGUAGGUCUCUGGAUCCCCUACUUUUCUGAAACAGCAGCUUUGAUUCCAUGUUUUUAUAUAUCCAUCUUCUGUAUGUGAUUUCACUUGAAGAAAGGUUCUCAAAGAGUUUGAAAACCAUUGAUUGAUUAUGCCACCCUUUAUUGUCAUCAUCAUCAUCAGACCAUCACAUCUAAUAUGAAUAUAUGUAAAACUUUUUAUACUAAGUGCUUAACUGUGAAACCUAUGUGCUUUUCCUUGAAUACUGCAUUUAAAAUAAUCAGUAAACACUUAAAAGUGUAUCUGUACCUUUCUGCCAAUAUUUCUGUAGUUUUGUAAAUUGUGGUUUAUGUUGUGUGCUUAUUUAUUGUCUUGUGCUUCCUCAAGUCUUUUCAGGAGGACAUGGGCUAAAUACAAUUUUUAAAGCUAUCUCAAAAUGUUUUGGAAAAUUUGAGGGUAAGAUAGGUUUUGAAAAGGUCUGAAAAAUAUAAUAGAGUCUUAAAAAUGGAGUAAUUGCGUGUUGUAACAUGACAGAAGGCAAUGUCUGGAAAAAUUCAAAAAUAGCAAUUUAGCAGAAAUAGGAAGAGAGGAAGGUAAGAGUGUUAGGGAUAAAUGCUCAAAAGAUUUCUCUGUUUUUUAAAAUAUGCAACCAUAAGAGGCUUAAAAGUCAGUUACUAAUACUGAUAAAUAAAAGUAUAGUUUUUUAAUCAUUUUGUUAAGUUAAAUAAGGUGAUAGCUUUUUUUUUUUUACUUUCAGUAACUUUGAAUUCCAGUUUAUAUUUCAUGUUUUUAAUCACAAAUAGGAUGAUUGUUAAAAUUUUUUAUUUCCUUUUAUAUUGACUAGGGGAUUAGUUUCAAGAGCUAAGCAUAGUAUGUUUAUUAAUAUUUCCAUCUUUUUACUUGUAGAUAAACCUUUCAUUGUCUUUUUGUGUUAUUGAAAAUGGGUGAAUGUCAUGUAAAGAAAUGUUGCUUCAAUAACAUGUAUCUUAAUUCACAGUGUAGAGUAAGCCUGGGCCUGAAUUGUCCAUCCAUAUUCAAUUUUUUCUUUCCAUCGUUUAUUAUAUUUGGUUUUGUUUUUAAAGGUAACAGAGUAGUUUGAUGUAUGUCUCAAAUUUAUGGUUGAUUUGGUGUUACCUUGCUGGUUGUCUUGAUUUUUCUGAUUUGAUAUAUUAACUGGUGCUGAGCCUAAAUAAUUUAUUAAAGGAUAGAUGAUAUGGUAUCAACAUAAAUUAUUUAUGUUUAUACAAGAGUGUGUUAUGAGAAAAAUGAUAGCUAUAGCAAAUUUUUAAUACAAUUUUCAUGUGUUUUUCUCAUCAUUGAUAUCCAAACCUGAGUUUUUCUCUGAAAUGAUUUUCAAGAGACUUUAAAAAUAAUGUGUGUAUAUAUAUAGAAAAAAAGAAUGAGCAAAAUGGGGGGGAAUCUGGGUUGAGGUCUGGGAGAAGAGUAAAAAAAAUCAGCGAGAUUUUUCUCAUAGAUUUCAGUUUAUCUCAAGAAUUUUAUACAUGUAAUUUUUAUAAAAGGUUAGCAUAUUACUUCAGAGAAAUAUCUAAAGGCUUACGUCUUGAGCUAUUAGUUGCUGUAUUGUAGGGCUUAAGAACUUAUAUUAGACAAGUGUGUAUAAAUCAUAUACUACUUUAAAUAUAUUUCAAGUUCUUAAAAAAUAUUACCUAAGGUAGGAUAAUAGUUUUCAUUAAAACACUGAUCAUUUAAAAAUUAAAAAGGUUUAAUUAAGUCAAUUUUAGUUUUAAAUACCGUUGAGUGAAACUGUAUAGAAGACUCUUUUUUUUUAAUACCCACCUUGUUUCCUGCUUUCCUUUUGCUUUUACUAGAGUAUUUCCUCGUGUUCAGUGGCAUAAGCUAUAGGCUGGCAGGAAUACUCUAUUCAUUACAUUAGCUGCUGACUGCUGUGGCAAGCAUAGGUUAAAUAUAAAAACAAGUUGGCUUAUACCCACAAUACAUUGUACUUCAAAAUUAGGUGUCUACGUCAGAAGUUUUUUAUUGUAGGCUAGAAGAGUUACUUUUUCUUUGUUAAACCAAAUUAGAUUUUUUUUCUUUUUAGAGACAGUCUCACUCACAGAUUUGAUUUUAAAAUAGUUUAACUGUUUGAAUUUAAUGUCUUGCUAACAUUAUUUUAAAAUAGCAAUUAGAAGUGUACAUUUGUAAAAAAUACAGAAGUUAUCUUUUACUUUUCCUGCCAACUAACGGUUUGAAUUCUUAUGACUAUAUAUAAUUCCUUAUACUAAUUAAAAGCAUUUUAUAUAUUAAUAGUCCAUUGCAUGUCUGUUAUUACUAUUUUUUAAAAAAUAUAUUUUGUCACUAUGACCAAGUGGCAGCAACAAUAAAAAACAGUUAAAAUUCUUGAUGUUAUUGGAGGCCAAAUAAUCAAUGGCAAGUUUUAAAAGGAAAGAGACGCUCAGGGGAAGAGAAUGCAAAAACCAGAAACUAACUAGAGGAAAAUGUGUGAAAAACUCAUCCCAGAAAUGGGAAGGAAGGAAGGACGGAAGGCAAGAGAAUUGAUGGAGAAGUAGGAAUAAAGAAUCUUUAUCUCUGUAGCUUCUUCAAGGCAGCUUGAGGACAGUGAAAUCCACAGUUAGAGGAAGAGGGAGUAAAAAGCAAAGGAAAAUUGCAUUGAGUUACUGACAGAAAACGGAUUAUUUGGAAGAGAAGCUAUAAAAGAUAGGAGUGAGAGGGAGAUUGCAUGCUUGGAAAUGGAAGCAGGAAAAUGUAAGAAGGGGAUUGAAGAAGAAAGACAAGUGGUUUAGAGUGUCGUACACCUUUAAUUAGAAACUUAAAUGACCCAAAUAGGGAAGUUAAUUGUCUUUGUUAUCUAAUAUAUGUACUACCUAGGUAUCACAGUUGAAUUUUUCCCUUAUAAACUGUCCAAAUUGAAGCUAGUUCUGUCUUUCUGUGUGCCUUAGUAAUUUACAACUGUAAUAUGGCAGUUUCCUUAUCAAUUCAUCAAUAUUUGAGUAUCGUUAUAGAUCAGGUUUAUACUGAAUGUUUAGAUAUAUCAUUUGUCUACCCCAGUCAUGAAGUUAGAUUUUAUACUUAUAAAGCAUAACUAAUCAAUGCAUUAUCAAUUGAUGGAAAUUCCUAAAGAAACAUAAAACCCAGUUUUGAUCAUAAUAAAACUGAGAAUGUUUAAAUAGGAAAAUAAAACAUAAAUUAUAAUGACUCCUAACUGCAUAUAUUUUAAUCUGCCAGAGAAUCAUUUCCAAAUUUGUAGGAAGUUUUUUAGUUUUAGUAAUUCUUAAAAGACAUUCAGAUAAGAUUUUCUCAAAUAUUUUUUAAUUAUUUAGAGCAAAGAUGAUCUGCAAAUUCUAAUGAUAUAAAGUGAAUAGAUAGUCAAAAGAGAUACUGAUCAGUGUAGAAAUUUAUUCCUGUAUUUAUCUUAGUUUGUUUGGUACUACUGUGACAAAACACUUGAGACCGUGUAAUUUAUAAAGAACAGGCAUUUAUUGACUCAGUUCUGGAGGUUGGAAGUCCCAUAUCAAGGAACCAGCAUCUGGCAGGGGCCUUCUUGCUGUGUUAUCACAGGGCAGAAGGGCAAAAGGAGAGCAAGAGGAGAUCAAAUCUCCCUUUUUAUAAUGGCACCAAUCCCACCCAUGAGGGUGGAGACCUGGCCUAAUCAGGCCUUAAAUGUCCUACUUUUUUUUUUUUUUUUUUUUUUUGAGACAAGAGUCUCCCUCUGUUGCCAAGGCUGGAGUGCAGAGGCACGAUCUUGGGUCACUGCAACCUUCGCCUCCCAGGUUCAAGUGAUUCUCCAGCCUCAGCCUCCCAAGUAGCUGGCGUUGCAGGCGCCUGCCACCAUGCCUGGCUAAUUUUUUUUUUGUAUUUUUAGUAGAGACGGGGUUUCACCAUAUUGGCCAGGCUGGUCUCGAACUCCUGACCUCAAGUGAUCCGCCUGCCUUGGCCUCCCAAAGUGCUGAGAUUACAGGUGUGAGCCACCGCACCUGGCCUUUUUUUCUCUCUCUCUCUUUGAGACAGGGUCUUACUCUGUCCCCCAGGCUGGAGUGCAGUGCUGCGAUCUUGGCUCACUGCAGCCUUUAGCUCCUGGGUUCAAGCGAUCCUCCCGCCUCAGCCUCCUGAGUAGCUGGGACCACUAACACCCCCUUGCCUGGUUAAUGUUUAUCUUUUUUUUGUAGUGAUGGGGUUUCAACAUGUUGCCCAGGCUGAUCUCGAGCUCCUGAGCUCAACUGACCCGCCCACUUAGGUUUCCCAAAGUGCUGAGAUUACAGGUGUGAACCACUGCCCCUGGCCAGAAUGUCCUACUUCUUAGUACUGUUACAAUGGCAGUUAAAUUUCAGUGAGUUUUGGAGGGGACCUACAUUCAAAUAAUCGCUGCAGCUAACAAAUACAUUUGCCAUUGGUUACGACAAGUUAUUUAGAAGAAUGGAAAAGUCUCAGACUUUAGACGCACUGGAGAAUGUCUGUUUGAGGGAGGAAGAAUCCUUUUUGUCAUUAAUAUGCUCAUUUCCACUGAGCUGAUUUUAACCUGGGUUAGUUUCCCUCCCACACCACUACACACAGGGCUUGUUAAAUAUUGCUAGAGUGCACUAGGGGAAUAAUAAAACCAUAGCCCUGUAUUGCUUUGCUAAGUUUCUGGGGUCAUUUAUUUGGGGCUUGCAGGGUUAUCACUUAAUGGUGACUUUUUAAAAAAUGCAAAAUAAUCUUCUUCUUGCAUUAAGUGGGAAACCAAAUUAUAAUAGAAGCAGACUGUUGUGUGGCUUAAUUGAGACUGUUUGCAGCUAGAAGGGGGAUCUUGACAUGAAAAGCAUUUGUUUCAGACUCUUCCGUAUAGAUCUACAAAUGGCACACAAGUGAGCACAACUCAACAAAGCCUGAAAGACUUUUAAGGAGAUUUCUACCCUUGAAUAAUGAACUAUGUUGUUUUUAAUUUAGUAUUAGCCUAGAGACUGCGUGUUGUUUUAUUUCUUUUAAACCGGAACUCCCAGUUGGUCAGUGAGCCAGACUGCAUGUAUCUGCAGUACCUUCUCUUUUGAAAAGCUUAUCACCUGGGAAGCCAAACUCUCAUCAGGAGGAGCAGAGGGCCUGGGAGUCUGAGGUCAUCAGACAUUUGAGGUAUUCAAACCAGUCCAAGGUGCUGAUGUCUAUCUGCUGCUGGGACCAGCUGGCCUUGGGCCUCUUGGGCCUUUUUUUUCUAGGAGAAAAAUUAAGAUAGCAAGCAUGUUAAAAGAUGAACCUGCUCUCCCUAAGUGAAAUCAAAAAUCUUCUCCCUUAAAAACUUCGGUUUUUCAGAUUUUUUUCAGAUGCAUUCGUAUUUGAGGGCAGGGAAUAAACAUUUUCCCUCCCUUUUUUCCCUCUUCAUCCUUUAUAUAAAUUUUACUGGGUAAAAGUAAUACAUGUAUAUCGUGAAAAAUUCGAAUACUACAAAAAUCAUGUAGUCCAGAAUAAAGCUCUCUUCUCCAUUUCCUUCCCCAAGAGGCAACUACUUUUAGCAGUUUACUGUCUGUCUUUCAAAGAUACUCUAUUCAUCCUUUUUAAAAAACACAAGUAUUUUACAUAUCAUUGUGUACCUUGUUUUUUCCACUUGAUGUUAGAGAUGGGAACAGAUAUUUAAUACAUACUCAUGUAAGCUCUUUCUAUGUACAUUUGCCAUUAAAAUAUAUGCAGUUCCUACUAGGGAAUUCCAUAUUACUCAGAUAAUAUCAAGGUAUAGAAAAGAUUUUCGUUUUAGUGAUUUUUCAGAAAUUUUUAAGCCGUUCCUCUUUCCCCUGCAGUUUAAAAAAAUGCACAGAAUUCCUAAUGCCAGCUAUAUGUUCUGUAAUUCUACACCAACCAAAUCUAUACUGCACAAGACAUAUGAGAGCCUCAGGACUCUCUUGGGAUAUGUAAGUUAGGGGUAGGACAGUUGGUGUCCCAGUCUCUCCAUUGAGUCUGUUUCUGUGCUGAGUGUCCCUACAGAUGUGGUAAGCCUCUGAAUGUCAGGUCUGUGCUGGUCUUUCUUUAGGUCCCAUCUCCUCCUAGACUUCCAAAGUCCCUCAAGAUCCUGAAUCAGGAGGACUUUUCCUAUCUAGAUCUCCAGUCAGUGAGCAUGAUGGUCAGGGCAUGUCCACAGUGUGGUAUCCUCAUAGGCCAUUUGUGGACCCCACCUGGUGAUCCCUUUUAUUCAUCAGCUCUGUAUAUGUUGCAGUAUUAGCUAGUGGUCAGUUGCUUUAUGAAAACUGUGAGCCAGGUUUGGUGGCUCAUACCUGCAAUCCCACCACUUUGGGAGGCCAAGGCAGGCGGAUUACCUGAGGUCAGGAGUUCAAGACCAGCCUGGCCAAUAUGGUGAAACCCAUCUCUACAAAAAAUACAAAAAAAUUAGCCGGGCGUGGUGGUGGGUGCCUGUAAUCCCAGCUACUUGGGAGGCUGAGGCAGGAGAAUCACUUGAACCUGGGAGGUGGAGGUUGCAGUGAGCUGAUACCGUGCCACUACACUCCAGCCUGGGCAACAAGACAAAAACUCCGUCUCAAAAAAAAAAAAAUUGUGUUGGUGGGGUGUGGUGAGAUACUUGCAUUGUAUUUUCAAUUAGCAGCAACAUUCUAUGGUGGAAACAUUCUGUACAAAUAAUGUUUUGAAAAGUUUUUUUAUUAAUUUAAGAAUGUUACCAAAAAAUCAACACACUAAGUAGAAAUGAAAAAACAUAUUUAUCUAUCUGUACUUAAACUAUACUAUACUAAGCCAACCGAAUUAUUCUCAGUGCUUUUCAUGAGUUAUUUCUAAAUUGGCAGGACUAUUCUUUUAGUUGUAAAAUUCUUUCAAACAAAAAUUUAAAUAUUCUAAUGUGGGUAGAACAUGAGCAUUAAAAAUAGAUUAUGAAGUUUUUUUAUAGUGCUAUUUAAAUUUGUACAAUACCUUAAAUACCUGUAAUAAAAAAUAUCAGGGAAAAUUCUGGAUGCUACUGUCAGGUUACUGGAAAGGGAGUGAUACUGACUUGGGAUUCCUAGUUACCUCUGUGAUCACUCAUUUUUUAGUUUCACAAAGUCUUGAUACCACCAGAGGGAGCUGUUGAUAUCGAAGUCUUCGAAUGAAGAAGUUGGUGGUGAGAGUUAAGACUAGGGAGCAGCUUAUGCUGAUCUGUGAAGCAUAAUCAUUAUCUUGUCUGUAAUUUUUAAUCUUAUAGACUCUUCCCCACAGCAAACAUUUUCCUUCCAUGUUUCAUUUCAGAUAUUCUUCCCAACACAUUGACCCUUUUCUCUGCUUAGUCUCACAUCCUGCUUUCAUCAUACUCACAUUUGUUACUAUGUUUAUAUUUUCUCGUGACUAUAAAUUUUCUGAAACUCUUUUUGUGUUACAGUAAGCAAGUAGUCUCCUUUGGCAUGGUAUUUAUGAACUGAGCUAGUUUUCAUUUAUCAAUAGAAACUGCAUUUUAAACCUAGAUGCUUUUAUUUGGUUUGCUUUUGCAAUGAAGCCAUAAAGAUUUCCUCCUAUUCUUCUGGCUUAUAGAGGUAUUAACAAAUAACAAAGAAGAGGUACUGGCUUGUACUUAGCAUCUGAGCUAAUGUUGUUCAUAUUGUCU